CCAAAACAAGAGAACCAGAGACCUUCCAUGAUAUGCUUUUGAGGUUUGAGAUAGAGAGAGAGUUUUUUGAGUUGAGGAUGAUGAGAGAGACAGCCAAGCCAUAGAGACAGAGAGAGAGAAGGAAGAAUUUUUAAGAUUAAAGAAGAAGAGGUUUAAGAGAGGGUUUUAGGUCCACCAACUGGUGGUUAGAAGAUUGAACUCUUAACCAAACAUAUCUCUUCAUCACCACACACAAAUCAUCAGCUAACAACACCAAGGAGGAAGAAGAAGAAAGAAGGAGAAGCAGAAGCAGGUUGAGCAACAACUAGUUCAUACUACAGCUGGGUUUGAAGGAAGAACCAGGAAAAGCUAAGCUCAUGAUAAAAAGAUUGAAUAGUAUUUCAAAAGAGAGAAACUUUAUCAUCACUCUCUUUUAGAGAAAAGCAAGAACUGUGUUCGUGUGAAUCUUUCACGUGGGGAUUGAUGGAAAGGGAAUAAAUGAUUAGAGAAAACGAUCAAAAGUGAAAAUUGAAUUAUUAUUACUACUGUUAUUAUUACUUAGCUUGUUCUUGGAACCCAUAAACAACCAACACACACACACAAAAAAAAAAAGUUUUUAUUUUUCUUCUUCUUCUUUGUUGUUGUUGUUGUAUUAUGUUCAAUAUUUUCAAUGAAAAGUAAAGGGUUGUGUUGUUGUUGUACUGGGUUCUUGGGAUCAGAAAGCGUUUUGUUUUGUGAAGAUUGUGUUAUCAGUGGAUCUGGUGGUGUCUUCAAGCUUUUCUGUUCCCCCCAACACCCACAACUGUUGCUUGUUUCCAGGAACCUGUUGAGAUAAUACAAAUAUGGCAACUUAUUACACUAGUUCAAAUAAUCAAAGGGAGGCUGCUCCGAUGAUCUAUUUAAGGGAUUCGUUGCCGGUUUCUUACUCAGAGGCACCGGUUCUUCCUGGUAAUGUGAUGAUGUACAUGAAUUCAGGGUCAUACCCGGAUUCGCUAGCUGGAAGUUCUCAACAGCAAAAUAAUUGCAUUGAUAUUCAGUCAGUGGAAACUUCAGAAUCAACCCCACAUCAACAAGAAAUCUUCUCAAAUCUUGGUGGGUCACGAAUUGGGGAGCAUGAGUUCAACGCAUGGAGGGACAGUAGAAAUGAGAUGUUAGUUAUGCACCCAAUGGGUGGUCCGACCAAUAUUCUUCAAGGUGGACAGAAUUUGCAGGGUCAAGGAUUAUCCCUUAGCUUGGGGACACAAAUUCCAUCUGGAAUCCAAAUGCCUUCCAUCCCCUACAGAAAUCCUAAUUCGGGCUUUGCUUCAUUCUUGAGUUCCAAUUCAUCGAUUACAGGUGAGGGUGGCAGGAAUGGCUCUUCUAGAGAUGGACAAGCAAGAAAUGUUGAAUAUUUGCCACCUGCUUUCUCUGGAGGUAACCAAGAGAAUAAAGGUGAUGUAUCUCCUUAUGGGAUGUCAAGUGUUGCAAGAGCCGUCCCCAAUUCCAGGUACCUCAAGGCAGCACAACAACUUUUAGAUGAAGUUGUUAAUGUUCGAAAAGCUCUGAAACAGCCUGAUGGUGAGAAAAGCCAAAGCACACAUGAGCAGCGGAUGAAAAGUUCCAAGGAGGGUGAUGGGGGUUCAAGUAAUGCACCAUCAAAUCCUCAAGAAUCUGCUGGAAACCCACCGAAUGAGCUUUCACAUGCUGAAAAACAAGAAUUGCAAAACAAGUUGACAAAGCUUUUGUCCAUGUUGGAUGAGGUUGAUAGAAGGUACAAGCAGUACUAUCACCAGAUGCAGAUUGUGGUAUCUUCGUUUGAUGUGAUUGCGGGAUGUGGGGCUGCUAAACCAUACACCGCUUUGGCUCUGCAGACUAUAUCCCGCCACUUCCGGUGCUUGCGUGAUGCUAUCACCGGCCAAAUUCAGGCAACCCGUAGAAGCCUUGGAGAGCAAGAUACUUCAGAAAAUGGUAGAGGUGUUGGAAUAACUCGCCUCCGAUAUGUGGAUCAGCAGCUCAGGCAACAGCGAGCACUUCAGCAACUUGGUAUGAUGCAACAACAUGCGUGGAGGCCACAGAGGGGGUUGCCUGAAAGCUCUGUUUCGAUUCUUCGUGCCUGGCUGUUUGAACAUUUCCUUCAUCCUUACCCGAAGGAUUCCGAUAAAAUCAUGCUGGCAAGACAGACUGGCUUGACUAGAAGUCAGGUUUCAAAUUGGUUUAUAAAUGCGCGGGUUCGUCUUUGGAAGCCUAUGGUUGAAGAGAUGUAUAAAGAAGAAUUUGCCGAAGCAGAGAUGGAUUCUAAUUCUUCUUCUGAAAAUGCAGCCAAAGCAAAUAAAGGUGAUAUGAUGACCUCCGAGGACAGGGAAGAAGAUUUGCAACAAAGUGGGAGUUCAACAGCAACUGAGAGAUGCAGUACUGGACAAAUGACAGAGUCCAAAUCUGAUCAUGUUCCCGAUGUUGAAAUGGCAAGCGCCAGUUUCCAUAACCGGACAUGUGGAGGAGCUGAAACGGAGUAUGGGUUACUGAAACUGAGGGAUGAACAAAGGUCCGGUGUUGAUGAAUGUAGUCUCUUUCAGGACCCAAUGGUUCAUUCAGAUGGGGGCAACGAUAGGUACAUGGCAGCUGCUGCUGCUGCUUACCACAUGUCAGAGUUGGGCCGGUUCGGGAGUGGAAGCGGGGUGUCUCUCACAUUAGGAUUACAACACUGCGAGGGUGGUAACCUACCGAUGUCUGGUGGAACCCAUCAUAGUUUCGUUGCCAUGAGAGGAGAUGAUAUAUACAAUGCUGCAGCAUCUUCUGUAGGGGCCGAAACAGCAGAUUAUGAAUGUGUAAAUAACGGGAACCGGCAGUCCAGGUUCAGUUCUUCCCAUUUGUUACACGAUUUCGUAGCUUGAAAAGUGAUUGCUUUGCAUGCUCACACGGAUGGAUCUCAAAUUCAUUCUUAUGGUAAGAAGAAAAACUCAGGCUUUUGACCGUUCUUUUAGGUUCGUCAAUCUUUGCUUUUGUGAAUGGUAAACCAAAAGAUUUGUAGUCUUCUGGAUAUGAAGACGUAGAACACAGUUGUAAUAUAUCAAGAAAUUGGUUGGUUAGCAUAUUUGUAAAGAUAAGAUACAUAAUUUUUGUUCAAUAUGUGGGAGGAAAAGGUGUACAACUAGCUAUAACUUUGGUAUUGGAU